UUGCUCUGGAACGACUACGAGGAGAAACUGAGUGACCAGAUUGUUCGAACCAUGGAGAACUACACCAGCCAGUUCCCAGAAAGUGAAGAUUUGCUCUGGAACGACUACGAGGAGAAACUGAGUGACCAGAUUGUUCGAACCAUGGAGAACUACACCAGCCAGUUCCCAGAAGUCAAGGAGCGAACGGCAAAGCGCGGCCGUAAACUGGUGGACUACGACUCGGCGCGGCACCACCUGGAGGCUCUGCAGAGCGCCAAGAAGAAGGACGAGGCCAAAAUAACCAAGGCAGAGGAGGAGUUCAACAAAGCCCAGAACGUGUUUGAGGAGAUAAACAACGAGCUGAGAGAGGAGCUGCCUGUUCUCUAUCAGAGUCGGAUCGGCUGCUAUGUGACCGUCUUCCAAAACAUUUCAAACCUGAGAGAUGUCUUCUACAAAGAAAUGAGUGUGCUGAACCGUGAGCUGUACAACGUGAUGAAGAAGGUAGAGACGCAGCAUUCAGGCAAAGCUUUCAUCGUCAAGGGUUUGAAUAGGUAA